CUUUGGGGUUUUUCAUACGGUAUCCACCCAGACAUUAACAUCGCAAUCUUGGAUGCACAUCAGUAUGUAGAGUGUGGAGGUAUUGAGCCCUGAGCUACAGCCUCAGAGAGGGGCGGUGCCGGCCCUCCCCCCUGUAACACUCCCGCUGGCUCAGUUGAUUCAGUCACUCCUCACCGUAGGGAUGGAAAUGUUAGACGAGCAGCAGCAUGCUCCUAGACGCUUGACAGCUGGGAAGAAGUAAAAAUGUUGAAAACAUCGGUAGCUGUGGAGAAAGGCGCCGUGCACAGAGCGGUGUGAGUUGAUCGCCGGGUCUUCCCACAAUGAGCCACAGACCUCCGUACCGGUGUGGAGCAGCGCGCGGCGUGACAGCAGCCUGGAUCCCGGCUGUGUGCACCCUGCUGACGGCUCUGACUGCUGGAGGCUCCCCGCUGGUCCCGGACCCCGAGGUAACCCUUGAGAUUAGCGAUUUAUCGAAGGUGUUAGGAGAGGGAAGCCGCUGAAGGAAUAAAUGUUGGACGUUUUAGCGGAGAGAAACUGACGGGAAGCCUAAACCGAGACUGUACCAAAAAAGUUGACCAGAAAAAAAAAACCUCAGCUCAAUGUGUUCUUGUUAUUUUCAUGACUUGAAGCUUAAGUCCAUACAUGAGGUGUUUGCAAUUCACUAUUUGGUGUUAAGCAACUGGAGCCAAAAUGAUCUUUUCUGAGAGAGUUGGGGAUAAUUUAUACUUUCAGUUGACCAUCAACAUGUAGGGGAGACUGGGGUAAGUUGAGCCACCCCCUGUUGCUUGAAAAUGGUAAAAGAAAUUGAUCAUGUGACCAAAUAUUUAUGAGAUGGGCAUCAAUUCAUGGAGUCUAUGAAGGUUAGAAGUAAAUGGGUGAAGGGGUUAGACAUUUAUUUCCCAACAAACAGUUUUUCAAACUAUGAUUGCCUUGAUAUUGUGAUCCAAAAGUGAUGAAAAAUUGCUCAUCUUACCCCACUCUCCCCUAAGCCACAUCUGUGUGGGAAACUGUGUUUUUUAGUACAUGCCAGUGAGAAAUGGGAAGCUGCGUAUUUUCCUGCCCUGAAAAAUAUAAUCCACAAAGUGAGAAAAAUGCAACUUGGCUCUUUGACCACAGAUUGGGGUUAAACCUCUGAUGCCCUUAAACCAGAAGAAAAAGACAAAUCAGAUGAGGACGUUUCCCCCUUUAAAACAUUGUUACUGAAUGUGUUUAGGAAUUAGAUAAGCCUAGAUGAGCAAUUUCUCCUGAGUUUGAUUGACAAGUUACUUGAAUAUUAAUAACAGCUUCCAUAAACAGCUUCAGCUGCUUGUUGCUCUCAAAAGGAAUCUCGGCUAUUAUUUCUUGGGGUAAUUUGAGAUGGUAUGAUUUAUUUGCAGUAGUGUGGUUUCUAAAUGCAUUAGUUUAAUUUGACAGCUGUCUUUGUUGGCUGUCCACAUUUUCCUCACCAAACUACUGAGACCAUCCAGUGUCUGUUUCUACAGUCCUACUCCAAAAGCGAAGCCCUGUGGCAUGUUUCUGUGUCUCUGAUGGGACAAAGGGACAUUUUCUUCCUCGCUCUUCUUUGCAGAGGCGCAUCUGUCAUCUCCUUGAUUUUGAUUUCCAUCCCACCUUCACCACACGUGUAAUCAAAGAUGUGCCUGCUGUUGUCUGAACAUGAAAUCUGCCAGAGCGAAGACUGAGAGACUCUAAUAUAAAACCAUCAAAAAGGCCGAUCUUGAACCACAAUGCAACAACACCUGUUGUCAUGCACCCGGUUGGUUCAUUUUGACUUUACUGUAUUUUAUAGGCAGCAAACAGCUUUGCUAUUCUCAGCUCGCAUGUUUAUGUGGAAUUCUCAGAAAAUAAUAACCCUGAAUUGUCAGAAACACCCCGGGGUUUCUUCGUCCUAUGGGUGGUCCACAUCUAUACAUCUUGAUUCACAACCUACAGCAGCCACAGUACUUGUAAAAUCAUUGUACACUUUUAUGUUUCCUUGUUUGCCUCAUGGGCAAGUGUACGGGGGUUUACCAGAUACUUUACAUAAGAGGAGCAAACAUACCUCUGUGUUUGUGAAAAACAUAAGCUCUUUAUCGACAGGAGGUACACACGGAUGUAAAAAUUAUUGAUGUGUCAGAAUCAACAUGUGAUAAACUGCUUACAGGUUUUUCUGGAGAAGUAUGGCUACCUCCAUCAGGAUAACCACAUCCAUGAUGCAGCUGAGAUGCAGUCAGCUAUCAGGUAAGUGUUUCAUCUUUAAAACUUUUACUUUUUAAUAGAAGAAUGUUUCGUUUAUACGCAAUGAUGAGUUUUCAGCCUUCAUCACAGGGAAGGGCUCAGUGCGAGACGAACUCCCUGGUGUGAUCGUCAGUCCAUGGCAGUAAAACACACCCUCACCUCUGCUUAACCUUCCCUGAACCAUCAAGGAAUUUCAAAAACCUUGCCCUCUGGCCCCGAUACUGACUGUACUGUAACACAGACUGAGUGAAGAGCUCUGCUUGGGCUGAGUGUUAGUUUGUGAGAACAUGUUCAACAGCAAACCUUAUAUUUGGCUCUAUCUUGUCCUGUUUAAUGAAAGUUACAAGACAUAUAGAAAUGACAGAAGUAAAGGUCAUAUUCAGUGUGAAUUCUUUUUACUUUUUUUUUAUUACAUUUGAUUAAACCAAUAUAGCUUAAUGGCACAUGAAUAAUAUCACUGACCUGCUCCACCCCUACAUUCCUUGUAGAUCACUCAGGUCCGCUGACCAGGGCUUGCUGGUUGUCCCUCAAACUCAUCUAAAAACAAGAGGUGACCAUGCUUUUGAAGUGGUGGCUCCAACACUGUGGAACAAUUCACCUGCUAAAAUUCAUUCAGCUGUUUCCAUUGUCACUUUUAAAAAGCUUUUAAAGACUCAUUUAUUUAAACAGGCCUUUAUCUCCCCUUGUUCUAACUAAUGCUCUAUUUAUGCUAUUGUUUGUUAUUGUUCUUUGAUUUUACUUGAUGUUUAUGAUUGUAUUUUUAACUUUAAGCACUUUGUGAAUCUUUCCUAUGAAAGGUGCUAUACUAAAUAAAUUUUACUCACUAACAAAAGUAUGUCAAAUAAAUUACGCUGCAUAUUUGUUUUUAUCAGCAUUAUGAAAAGGAAAACACACCGUGAACCCGGGGAUGCAUCUCCACAAACAAAUUAUCUCUCUCUUUACGUGCAGCGACUUCCAGUGGUUGUCCCGGCUCCCCAUCACAGGUGAGCUCGACAGCGCCACCCUGAGGCAGAUGGCAGAGCCCCGCUGUGGGGUGUCAGACGAGGUUAGCCAGCAGAUCUGGGCCCACAGAGUGAACUCCAUCCUCACUGGAAAGGGUUCUGCUGUGAGGCACCGCCGGAGACGCUCCGUCAAAGGUAACGUGUAAGAAAACAUGUUUAUACCCCAGUGUGUUUGUGAAUAUCUUCGCUAGAGAACCUUCAGGUUUAUGGGAGCAUUCGCUGCCUUGGGUGCACAAAGUCUUGUGUCCUCUUGUGGAGUGGUCAUUAAAUGGCAACAGUAAACUGGGAGGGUCCCACUCUGUAAACUCAAGCACUAAAUAGAGCUGAGGGGUGUAAUUAAAGCUGGUGGAGUGUCUGAUGUUGCGUGCAUCUGCCUUGAUGAUUCCUGCUUUUAGAUGCCAUUGCACAAGUCUGUUUAGUUUAAUGACAACUUUACUGAAAUAAAACCUCAACUUAAGUUUAAUUCCUGGUAACUUAUCUCUGUUGUAGGAGUUUCCCUCACUGUGUUAAGGAGCCGUGAGAAUCACUGAGGCCAAAAAGACAUCUUCAAUAGAAGGAUAGAGGUUUAGAAGUAUUACAGCGAAAUACUCUCAGCCUUGUAGAGUUUUCAGUUAUUCCCAAAGCUCUGUGGGACUGAACUAUGUCCUUUUGAAUAACUGUGGUCCUGAGCAGCACUGUCAUUUUUUCCUUUUAAAGAUUGUCCUGGUUUCCUGUUUAAAAUUCGGCUAUUAAGGCUUUCAUGAUGAGCAGAUCACUGCAAUUUGAGCUGGCUAAAGACUCCAGGAUUUAAAGCAUUUAACGGUGGUUACAAGUGCAGCUGAGUUUAGUCAAAUUUUAUGCAGGCAGCUUGAAGUAAUUGAGCAAAAUGUCCUUUUCUUCUUGAUUAGAGUACUUCACAGAAAACCCAUAAGAAUUACCUAAAGGUGUAAUUUCACCAGUUUCACAAACAUGCCAUGGGAGAAACUGGAAAAAGUGCUCAUCUGGUUUCCUUUCUGACCUCUCAGACCACUAAACUGGGUUUGCACAUUUUGACUGUUUUUAUUUUUUUAUUCCUUGUGUAUCAUUAGAGGAGAUUCUUAAAUCUUGAGUGGCUCCUACCUUUUUUUUUAUCAGUUUGUUUUCAUUGCACCCUUUUUUUCCGGUUUAUGUUGACUUAUGUUUUCACCGUUUUGUUGUUGCUGUCUGUCUUUGGUCAUUUGUCACCCAUGUGAAUGAGCGUCAGCAGCAGCAGCCGCUCGGUGCCUCCAGCCUCACCUUGUGUGAAGCUUCUGCAUUCCUUCGUGUCACUGACAAGGUUGGCUAAUGUUCAGGGAAUGCAGCGGUGGCUGAUGUUUGCUGCUGCCUCUUCAUGUCAGUACCUGACAUAUUCCCUCUGGUAAACACAUCCAUAACUGACUGACUGACUGGAUUACAUGGUUUGCCUGGUUGGUUUGUCUUCUUAACGGCCUGAUAUUGUACUGCUAAAUGAGUGGAUGUCUUGCUGAGUGACUGACUGUUGAACGGGAUUACAGCCUGUUCUUGAUGAAAAAAACAACUCUUUGUUAUCGUCCUAGUCCCAGACAUGACUCAUAUGACAGGUAGCUGUAUCAUUACACAGAGAGCAGCAGCAUUAAUGGGGGAUACUUUUACACCCUCACACCAAACUUCUUUAACACCUGGCUUCAUAUUUCCAGUGAUUCGAUGUUAUAAUUUCACUGAGAGUAGGUUGUGUAACCAUUGCUUUGCUUUGCCAUACAGAACAAGCACAUAUUUCUCCACCUGUGGCCUGAAGAACACUUUUUAAAGAAUUUAGAUCUUCAUUUUUACCUUAAUACUAGCAAAAUCUACCUGAAUCAGGUGAACUUGAAUUACCCAACACUUAUUAAUGGCAGUUUUGAAGUCUGAAGAGUUGAGACAGUCUUUAGUUUCUGCCAUAGAAAGAGAUUUAAUUCCCCCAGAGAAUGACUACAGCUGCAUAAAGCAAUUAGUUUAGAGUUAUGGUUAUGGUUGUGACUAAAAGUUUGGCAACAAUUGGAAAGAUUUACCUGAUGUAGUACACCCAUUCAUGUUGCUCUAAAGAUUUAUUAUGAUGACCAGAAAAAUACUUGGCUGGAUUCAUAAAUUUUUUUUGGUUUUAUUUCACCCAAUUCUUUGGUGUGUUUCAAAUACCUGUAACACUGCUGUAUGGUAUGUUUAGUGCUAGGGUUGCAAAAUUCUUGGAAUUUUCAAAGUUGGAAACUUUCCAUAGAAAUUAAUGGGAAUCAACAGGAACAAAUCUCAAAUUUACCAAAUUGAAGGCUGGCCCUUAACAGGGAACUUAAAUAUAGUUGUUGAAAAUAUAUUGUAGCAUAAUCUUGGCUAAAACAACCAGAUUUAACCCAAGUACACUCCUCAAUCACAUGCACACAGCACACUGUUUACUACCAGGCUAUUGAGGCCCCACCCCCUUUUUUGGAGGGAGGGGGCUCCUUUCAUUUAACAUUUUAAAUAGGACUUUUUUUCAUGUGUUUGUGGCUUAAAAUAAUUGAUUGUUCAUACAAGAAUUAAAACUAAAGUUCUACUCAAGUAAAUCUGUUGUAAUUUCAUGUUUUUUAAUUGCAUUAUUUUGCAUGGAUGUCUGCUUAUGACAAGACAAAAAUAUUUACAUUUUGGUUUGGAUAUGAUAUAGUUUGUUUAAAUAACCCCCAAUUUCCAAUCAACUUUCAUAAAUUCCCAAUAAUUCCCAUAAAUUCCCAUGGACAGUUUCAGAUUUGGAAUAUUUCCCAAAUUCUCCAUCUUAAUUUAACUUAAGCUAGCAUUUCAAUUGACAAGCUUGUUUGCUCUUUAAAACUCUUAUAGGGAGUUUUUUUUUUUUACAGAUAUGAAAAAGGCUGAAAUUCAUAUUGAAGCCAUUCCAUGACAUCCAUAAGGAAAAAAGACCAUCAGCAACAAUACUGACGGUUUUAUGUGGUCGUUUGUAAGUUGACCCUCGAGCCAAGUUUUCAGAGAGUUGAACUUAACGCUUAACUCUUUAAGCUGUUCAUUUAUGACAGCUGCCUCUGUCUACUGAGCUGAGCCUGCAGGCUAUAGCAACAUGCAGAUUUGUCAUCUUCACCAUCAGCUGUAGAGGGAUGUGAUUCUGUUUGAAGUGAACAUGGCUGGUCGUAAGCUUCCCCGUCACUGAAAACAGACUCUAACUUGUGAUGGACUCUGGUGGUUCCCACUGAUAUUUACAGAGCUGACAUUCCACCCAACAUGUUGGAGAUAAGCACCAUUAGUGUGUGUGUGUGUGUGUGUGUGUGUGUGUGUGUGUGUGUGUGUGUGUGUGUGUGUGUGUGUGUGUGUGUCUGAGGUAUGCUCUCGUGGAUUAGUGCUCUACCCAGGAAACUGUGAACCUCUUCAGCACCAUUUCAUUUAUACCAAUUUAACACAAUUUCAGUGGGACGCAGAUGUCACUUAUUUUCUCUAACAGAGAUAAUUGCUGCUCGAUUUGUAAAUUUUUGUUUAAUGACAGACGGUUGUGUGUCAUAAUAUUGUCGAAGUCAUUCCCAGCUAGACUAAUGGAGGCAGCUGUAGCUCAGUUGGUCGUUUGGAGGUUCAACUGUAUGUUCCUCUGCCAACAUGCUGUGGUGUCCUCGGGCAAGACGCUUGACCCCACCCAACCCUGUUGACUGCGCUCAGUGGUGUGUGUGAACGGCAUCAGUGAAAAACUGAUGGCGUUUUACAUAGCAGCCUCUACCAUCAGUGUGUGAAUGUGUUGUGAAUGGGUGAAUGUGGCAUGAUGUAGAGGUAAGAUUAGAUAUACCUUUAUUAGUCCCAGAAGGGGAAAUUCCGAAAGUGCUUUGAGUGGUCAGUAGACUAGCCCUUUAAUACCUGAAACCACAAAUUAUGGCCAAAAAAAAAAAAAUUUUUUUUGGAGCUGAAAUGUUUACUUCACUUACUACUGAAAACCAAACAAAAUCAAAAUGUCCUUAAAAUUUAACAAAUAUAUUUAUCUUGUUUGAUACAUUAGAUCUUUUUGGAAACUGAUAAACCAUGAGAGGAGUUUUUUUUAACAACUUAUUGGACUGUAUUCAGAUGUAUUUUGGUUAUUUGUUGAUCAUAUUAAUUUGAUAGAAUUAUCAUAAAAGUCAGUAUUAAAAGUGAUAUAAAAGGGCUAGAGAAAGCACUCCAUAAAUUAAGUCAAUUUACCAUGUAAUAAAUUCAGGAGGCCAAAACAAAAGGCUAAAUUUUUUUAAAUAAAUGAGCAACUGAACUAACGACUGAUUGUUGAAAUCCAGAGGAGAAAAUGGCCCUAUUACAAGACACUGCAGAGGGACAUUAUGACAGCAGCUAAGCUCCCUCCCCAGAGUGUGACGUUAGAGAAAAAUAAUCAGUCGAUCAUUUACUAUUGAAUUUUGACUGGACAGAACAAGUCAUGCAAUUGUGUCAUUGAGUUUGCCUCACUGCCCUGAUGUGUGAACACCAACCUCAGUUAGGUCAGUGUCUACAUUUUAGCUCACUAAAAACAUAAAUAUACUUAAAGGUCAUUUGCCAUGAAAGGCUGAACACACAAUAUGCUUCCUAGACAAUUACAGGAGGGAUGGGGCAAAUCUAUGGGCCUCUAUCAACUUAUUUUGAUUACUAGACCCGUGAAAACAUCAGGCAAAUAUCUUAUUUUUUACAGUACAAUAGAUAUGACCAAAUACACAUAAUAAAAAUCAAUAACAUGCUCUUCAGCCUCAGCUGUAGUUCGAAAGCUGGUUGGCCAACACUGAGUUGGAGCGCCAUGGGAAAAGAAACAGAUCAACACAAUAACCCAAGCAUGUAUUCUGUUCAACUGCCUCCAAGUUCACACACACAGUUUUUCUAUCACUCCACAAACAAUAACUUGAGCAAUCAGCUGAUCUUUGUCACUACAUAAUGUUUGUGAUAACCCAGCCUCCCCACAAUGCUGCUUUAGUGGGCAUCAUGCUAAUUGCUUCCAUAAGGGAAGUUGGGGAAUGUCUUGUGUAUCUGACUUCCUGGCUUUUCUGCCGUCCUCGGGGACCUCUUACGCUGCGGCAGUCUGGGACGGAGAGUAGGCGCCUGUGCCGUGUGGAGAGUACAAAUUUACACGAAUCAUGUGGCAACAGGCUUUGUGUGUAUUCAUUUGGGAGUGACAAAUGAAGCCGUGUUGGGAAAUUCUGGGGGUGUGUUCCUGCUGGCUGUCUGACUGAGAGAUAAUCACUCACAGAAUUAUGUUUGAAAUCUGUGACCUCUCUAGGACAGUGUAGGUGAAAAUGACAGUGCUGUUGCUCCUCAGGUUGAAAUCUAUCCUCAUCUGUUUAUUUGGAUUCUCAGUGAAGGUACACCAGUGAAAUGACCGCUUUUCAAUCCUUCACUGUUGAAAAAUUCAAGACCCAGUUGCUUCCCCCUCUCACUGUGCUUCCUAAAUCCUGAAUCCUAAAACCCCAAGGAUCAGCUCUUAAUCCAGAUUUGCGUUUAAUUACCACUAAAGCAAAACAACAGUCAUCACCCAAACAGAAAUAUGCUUUUAUUUCUGCAAAGUUUGGGUCUUAAUGGCUCCAUCCAAUAUUUUCAUCUUUCCGCCAUGUUUUCUAGCUUUCGUUUCACACAUACCUCUCGUUUAUCUGUCUAAUCUCUCGCUUAACUCUCAGCUGUAUUAUUUAACCGAGCACAAACAGCAUUAAAAUAACUCACUAGUCCAUGCUCUCUAACACAGACUGCCUCACAGUGUUUUCGAGCAUAGGUGUGUGUUGCAUGCGCAUGUGCAGGACCUCCCACUCACAUUUUGCCUCCGUGCUGGGCAAACACUCGUCGACCACAUCUUUAAAUAUUUUGACAACUGUGAGUGUUCUUGAGUUAUCUCACCACUCUGGGGAACCGCAAAUAUGAAAGUAUGUGUAAAUGUCUGAAUCCUGGCCUGUAAGUCAUUUUAGGUAUAUUGCCUAACAUGCUGUCUAUGUUGUCAUGUAAACCUAUUUUUCUGUAAUAUGAGAAACAUUUGAAACACUGGAAUAAAUAGACUUUCUUUUAAACCUGCAUAACUACCUGCUUUUUUCUCUCCAUUUGGUUUCAAGCAUUUUUUUCUGUACUGUAAAAUGUACGUUGAGUUUAGAAUUAUUAUUAUUUUUUGUUGAAUUUACUAACCAACUCUAAAAACUUUUCAAAAUAUUUCUUUUUCCUUUUCCAAAUGUGGUUAGGAGCUCUGUGCGCUUCCAGUGAGUCCAGCUGCCUCUCCCCAAAGGUUCACAUUAUCUAAUGACAGUUUCCUGUCUGCUUGUUGUGAGUGUGCGCUGUCUCCUUAGAAGAGGAGACGGUGUAUGUUUGCUUUGUCUCAGAAUUAGCACACUCUAUAAUCCAAGCAAUUUGGUCAUUAAAGAGCAGCUGAUUUUACAACCUUAUUCUCCAUAUCCCUGAACAAAUGUGAGAUGUUGAAGUCUGCCGCACAUGUAAUUACAUUCAUGCCGAGAAACCACAGGCACACGUUGGAGUAAAUUGUUUAGUCAAACAUGCUGGUGGUGCUUGUUAGUUUAUCCAGCUGUAAGCUAACAUAGUUUACACCCUAUCAUUUAGACCAUGACUGUCAGAUGUGGAGAAGAUCUACCUCAAAAUGCCACAACUGAACAUACAAUAUCAAAGCUAUUACCUAUUUACAGUACAGAUACACAACAUGUAAAGCUUGUCCAGUGGGUCGGCUUUUAUAAACAGUUUGUGAAAUCUAUGAAAAAGUCCUUAAAAGGCCAAAACAUAACCAAUACAAAUACCAGGCAUGGAUUUAAAGAAGCAGACAGGCGAUGAUUUUCUGUUGGAAAAUUUGUAAAAGUAUAUCUCUGCUACAAUACUACAUUCAUGCAAAAAAUAAACAGAUUAAUAAAUAUAUGAAAGUAAAAGUUUUAAGCCUUUAUUUCUAAAAUAAAGAGAAAAAAUAAUUCUACCGAAAUAGAUGGGAAUGAUGCUUUUUGCAAGUAUAACAUAAAUAUGAUAAAAAUGUGCAUUCUACUUGUUUUCAGCCCAGGAAAUAGUGCUGCACAGACAUGUUUGUGUUUCUUUAGUAGCUACAGAGUAAAUGUUGAACUAUGAAUGACAUUAUAAAGGUUCAGUUGUGUACAGAUGUGCCGUGUUGCCAGAGAUACUGCGCAUUAUAAUGGUUAGAAAUCUUGAAUCUCCAGAGAUGUUUUCUUAAACAUUGUUGUCAUUAAAUGCCACUUUGGGCUUUUUGAAAAUGUAUUCAGCACAAAGUUGACUGUCUUCCUUGUAACGAGGGAAAUGUUAAACUUUCUCUAUUAGCCAAAUCACCAGUGUGUUUUUUUUUGGGGGGGGGUUUCUGUCAAAAAUGAAACAAACAAAAAGAUGACAAGGAUGCAGACAGAAAUAAAAAGGUGUUAACACAUGGUGAAACUAAAGAAAAAGACACUUUUUGGGAACAAACAGUUUCCCUGUCAUCAGUAACUGGUGACUUAUAUUGAAUAUCUUCUGAACAUGUUUUCUCUCUCUGAACUAACAGAAAAAUACACUAUACUGCUCUAUAUAUAUAACAGCACUAUACAAACUAUGUUGAUUCAUUAAAAUGUUUUGACCAUAACUGUGGUUUAUCAGAAAGUUAAAGCCAAUAAGUACAUUUUUUAUUGAUUUUUAUAGGUUUUCAUGAAGUCGAUAGAAAAGCAGGUACCACAGGAAACUGGGAAUAGUUGAUAAGUGAGUUUUUAAGUUUGUCUCAUAAUAUCUUUGUACGUGUUCGUGUGUUUUCCAGCUGAAAAAUGGUACAAACGCCACCUGACCUACCAGAUAGUGAACUGGCCUCGCCACCUCUCUGUGUCCUCUGUGCGGCUGGCGGUGCAGGCUGCCUUCCAGCUUUGGAGUAACGUGUCAGGCCUGGUCUUCCAGGAGGCCCUUGAAGGUCCUGCAGAUAUCCGACUGGCGUUCUACGAUGGGGAUCACAAUGAUGGGUCCAGUAAUGCCUUUGACGGACCAGGUUGAAAACAUUAUUUCUUUAUCAAGUCAUCCCUCUGAUCUCUAGUAUCCUUGUCUGGGGUUCUGGCACUUUAAACAAAGGUAUAGGUAAGGUAGGUACAGGUGGAUUUAACAGCCUCUGUUUCCCUGCACCUUGACUUCCAGGUGGGACUCUGGCUCACGCCUUCUUACCUCGGAGAGGUGAAGCCCACUUCGACAUAGCCGAGAGGUGGACACUAAAUGGGCACAAAGGCCACAACCUCUUCAUAGUUACUGCCCAUGAGAUCGGACACACUCUUGGACUGGAGCACUCUCCUGUCCGUCACGCUCUGAUGUCGCCGUACUACAGGAAACUGGGCCGCAGUCUGGUGCUGAGCUGGGAUGACAUUAUCGCCGUGCAGCAGCUGUAUGGUGAGAUAAGGACUCUUUUUAUUUGACCGAUUCCACCCUUUAAAAUUCUAACUCGAUUUAAACAUCUAAAAGAAAUGUUCAAGACGCUUCUAUGUGAUCACAGAAAUGUGUGGUCCCAAAGUCAGGAGGAGUGUUGAACCUAGCACCUUUCUGAGACACACACACACAGACUUUUACUACUUUCCUCUCUGGUUUAAAGCUUGAAAGGUUGAGGGAAAAACACUUCAGUGAAUUGAUUACAAACGUCUCACUGUCUGGCCUCAGAACGACUGGGCUAAAGAUGUCGAAAUUAGUUGCUGUUCACCAUGAGCUAUUAUUAAAACGCUUACAGCCCAUUACAUGAAUUACUGACUCGUUAUGUCUUUGAGGAAACGCAGAGCUGGGGGUUAUUUUUGCUUGACUGCCAAUUAAAUCCAGAGUUGUGGCACUGAGCUGUGAAAAGGCCACUGAGGCUGCUUUGGAGGCCACCAGCUGCAAACACAGAAAGAGGAAAAGUAGAAAAGAGGGCAAGUUGAGAGUUUUGAGAAACACAAAAAACCUGCAGCUGACAGAGAAGACAUCAGAACAAUUUUAAAAUCAUCAUUAUGUUUGUUUUUCGGACAUUGUUGAAGAAUGAAACACAUCCAGAGGUUUUGUUGACAGGAGGGAGUCUGUUUUAUCUUGUUCGGUUCUGUUGCUUCUUAGGUGCUCGGAGAAGAAGGUUUAGACUGAGGGCAGAGAUGGUGGUGUGGAUGUGAAAAUAACACACACACACGUGCGCACACUUAGCUUCUCAGAGCUCCACUUAGUCUUAACUUUAGAGUUUGUUGUUGUGGUUGCUGCUGUUGUUGUUGCAGAGAUUAGGAGCACAGUCUUUAAAACUACAGAUGUACUCGUUUCUGUUUGUUGAAACUAUGUUACCUCUCCUGGCAUGUGUGAGGCAGGUUUGUGCAUGCGCAGAGCUUUCUCUUCACCUUUGAUUAUUUUGAUCUCACCGCCUGGAAAUUAAAAAUCAGUGCAGCAGUUUGCAUAAGACGUCUUUCUAAACCCGUUUGAAGCACAUGUAGCUUCUGCACCUCCUUGACCCUCCUCUGUAAUGAAUUAGUACUUGGAUGCGGACAGUGCUUGAAGUUUUCCCCCCUUGCUUUGACCCUGAAAGAAAGUCCAAAACAGCUGCAAGUGAAGCUUUGUACAGGAAUGUUUGCCUGGCUGCAGGACAGUCUCACAAUCAUUUGGGUAAUUCAACUCUGAACUUGAGAUUCAGCUGAGCAGAAGCUUGAAGGCAUGUUCCUCCUUCAAUUAACAUCUGAGGAGUCCCAUCUGCUCAGCCUCUGGAGACAUCAUGACCUCAGCUCCUUAUUUACCAGCUUAUUCUCUUCAGGGGGCUCCUUUUUCAUCCCAGGGUUUAAGAAAAUAUGACUGACCACCAUUUAGACACGGGUUAUUGAAUUAAUUAGCUUUAUCCAUUCAUUUAAUCUUCAUAUUUUUGUUUCUCGUUGGUUUGUGGGGGUAUUUUUUGGGCAAAGGGCUUUACCUGGAAAGAUGUGCACACAAAUAAUUCUUGUAACUGCUUCACAAAAGUUGGAUGUGGUCCAGCUGGAGUUCAUCAAAGCAAAGCUUGAUUUCAGGCGCGCUUAUCAACCUGCUCUCCCCUCACGGCAAUCAUUUCUACAGACUGCAGCUGCUCCCACGUAAAUGUCAAGCAGCCCCAGAAACAGACAAGGACACGAAGCGUAACUGACAGCACUGCAGGCACUAAAAACUCUACACCUGAAGGCAGUGUGUGUGUGUGUCCUGAUUCCUCUGUGACAGGUAUUAAAUAGCAUUUUAUUUGAAUGAAUACACCCACUGUGAUAUUGUAUUCAUUGUGAGUAAUGAACAUGGAUGUCAUCAGAGAAAGCUUUGAAAUCCAUCACUGUGGUAGAAGUCGUACCUGCCUAAUGUGAAGCCUCUAUGAAUCAAUUUCAUACAUCUAAAAAGGUUACACAAGUUCAAGAAAACUCUUCUUUAAGUAUCAGAAAUGUGAAAUAUAUUUAUACAAUGUUGAUGGUUGAUGUUAUUGAGUCAUUCAUGAGUAAUUGGUCAUGUCAUUUCUCUGUUCGGAUUUGUUAGUAAUGGAAUUUCCCACUGGGACAAUAUAUACUUCAUCAAUGGACUGUACAAUGAAGUUAAUGUAUUAACUUUCAGGAGCAGGACCACGCCCUCACCACACCUCCAAUCACUGACUAGCCUCCAUAUACACAUCCAUCCCACUACAUUAACACUUCCACCAACUCUCCAGGUCCGCCUCUCUGUGAUCUCAACCCAUUUUCAGGUACAGUCUGAGUUGGACUAAGCUCGGGCAGAACUACGCCUGAGACGGAGCCCCCAUGUUGAGUCUCUUCCAGACUAACCAGACAUUCAACACUCCUCAUUAACCUCAUCAUCCAUCACAACAAACACACAACUGACAAGACAUACACAUUCACAAAUUCAUAUUAAAUAUUCAAAAUGUAAAUCAUUGUGGCGUGGUUAUGCUAGUAAAAAUCUCUUUAUAUGAGAGCGUACAGUUAGUUUAAAAUGUAUGAGACGUGGAUAAUGUUACUUUUGUUCCCCUUUUUUGAUGAGACUUAUCUUUAGGCGUUGAAUUAACUUAUAACUUUGCACAGAAAAUACAAACCUUCAAAUACAAAUUCAAAUUCAAAUACUCCUUGAUGUACUUCUGCCUCACUUAUGUAUUUUAACUGAAUAUAUUACACGUGAUUGUCUUAUCUAAUAUGUUGCAUUUUUGAUAAUGCUACCAAACUGUACGUGAUUUUGAUUAAAAAAAGAACUGUCUGGAUCAGCCGUGAUGUGUUCGAGUCUCUAACAUGGUCAUAUUUGGAAAACAUCAUCCUGAACAUAACCAACCUGUAAUUUAAACAACGUAAGUGGAUCAUAUCAAAACUAUAAAACUACAAUGUUUUCACUAACACUCUGUUACAUUUUGUUCUUAAGUUUCAUGUGUAGCUCUCGCACCAGUGGUGAAUGUAAACAGUGAAGUCAUAUGUCCUUAUCUUACACACACACUCACGCACACACACAUACAGUGGGGGCAUUAAUUGGCAGCCGUCCAUGUGUUAUCCACUGUGGUGUGUGUAUCUUUUUUUCUGCUGCUUCCUCCAGGUCUUGGGUGUUCAGAUUUUAUCCUCCUCUUACACAAAUGUUUGUUCAGCUCCUUACAAACAAGAAAAAUGGCUGUAAAACACCCUCAUUUGCCCUUUAUCUUCUUUUCUAUUGUGCUUUUUUGGACUUUGGUUAGCUUUGAUUCUUUUCCUCUUAUUUAUUCAUUUUAUCUGGUAAGGAAGAUGUCAGUCUUCAGGGCUGGAUAGGUUCAAAAACAAAUUUAAGAACUCUAAAAGUUUGUAGAGGUCUCAGUCUACUCUCUAUCUGGACUCUGGUGUUUAUUUCCUUUGCAGUAAAAUGCCAUCCAUCUGUAUACAUCUACUCAGCCACAUCCUGUAAAGGAUAAUUUAAACAUUACCAAGUCCUGCGUUUGUCCAUCUUUUCGCUCGUUCCCAUGCAGUCCAGAUACUCCUACUGUCUUUAGCGAGCAUGAAAUGAACACUGACCUGCUCAGUAUCUAUUUUACUAAAUAAUUUAUGUUCAUUUUAGUAUCUUGUCCUGCAAGUUCCUGGAAAUAGUCUGCAUACUUUGACCAUUACUAUUAAGACUGAAACUGUAAAUCUGCAUGAGACAUUUUUGUUGUUUGUAUUUUUUUAUAUCCAUCUCUCUCUCUUUCUCCAUCUCCCUCUAUCCUCUUUCCAAUCCCAACAUGGUAGAGGCACAUGGUUGUUUAAAAUAAAUCCUGUUCUGCUCAAGGUAUCACCUUAACUUGCUAAUGCUGCACAGUGCUCUGCUCAUGGUGAAUUAAGAUAGGAUGAGACUGAUUUUUGGGGCUCAAUCUGACCCUGUUGUGAUGUUUGGUCUUUAUGAAUAAUAUAAUUUAAACAAGGUCUAGACUUCUUUUGGUGCACUAUCUUGUGAUUUUUGCAGUUAUUUGGCACAAAAUUAAUAAAGAUUAAUCAAACAUUCUGUUUUUGCUCUCAGGUAAGCCAUCAGGUGACCGCCCUGUCAGGUUGCCUGGCCAGGUUCUGCAUGCCACGCUGCAUGAGUGGGAGUCCACAGAGCUUCACAGUGGGCAUCAGACAGCAGGGCAGCCGCUCUACUGCCAGGGUGUCUUUGAUGCAAUCACUAUGGGUGAGGCCCUGAUGAAAAUAUCAUGAGAAAUGACACUGAGUCACAUUUAAUUACAAGAAUGCCUUCAAGAAGCUUAAAAAACAUCGUGUGUAUGUCUCCAGACCACAACAAGACAGUUCUAGUGUUUCGAGGUAGUGUGUACUGGACAGUAUCGGCUGAAAAUGGUGUGAAAGGCCCACUUCCUCUUCGCCAGCGCUGGUCCGACCUUCCACCAGCCAUAGAAGCUGCUGCUUUUUCCCCGCUGGACUCCAAGUGGUAUUUUUUCAAAGGUACUGCUUUUAGUGAGCCUUUUGUGACUCACAACUCUUUUAUAAGACAUUCCCUAACCUACUGCCUAAUUUCACAUAUCUGUUAAAAGCCUGGAAAUAGAUUAUACUGUGCCUCUUAAAUGGGAAAGUGCUUUUAAAAUACUGCACUGAAGCCUCAGCUGCAGUUUUACAGUCCCGUCAUCCUUACUGUUAUGACCGAGUUUAACUUUACAGUCGCAAACCUGGCGGUCAUCCAGGUUCACUGAUCCUAACAGUUUGAUGUAAACUGAGACACCGUCCUGUGACACUUAUUACACUGCCUGGCCAAAUCAUCAUCUUUUUCCUCUGUCCUUUACUCUCUAGGAUUUUUAAAGCCUUUAAAAUUAAUUUAUGCAGUUAAAACAAGCUUUUGUAUUUUUGAUCAAAUCUAUGUUUUAAGAGCAAGCUGCAAAGUGAGGUAGAUCUGUCACUGUUACCGUUUCAAGAGAGUGUUUUAAUAAUAUAUGAUCACCUAAAUCUUUUCUGUGGUAAUUAUUUCAGAGUAUAUAUAAUUUUUUUUUGAUGACAAAGUUUGACACUUGAUUGUAUUUCCUGAUAUGCAGGGAAGAGGAUGUGGCGAUAUACAGGCAGCGUGCUGGAUCCCAGCUUCCCAAGGAAGAGCAGUGAGCUCGGUCUACCUCACCACCCUGACUGUGCCUUCUUUUACGCUCCUCUGGGUCACAUGGUGGUAUUCAAGGGCUCCCGCUACUCUGUGCUGAACCUUCAAACUCUGCAUCAAGAGCCCUACUACCCCCGCAGGCUGACAGACUGGACUGGUGUACCUCAGGGGACAAACGGAGCACUGACCCGUCCAGACGGGCGCCUCUACCUGUUCAGAGAGCAGCGGUUCUGGAGGUUUGAUCCCAUCAAGGUGCGUGUCACCAGGGAAGGCCAAUGGGCCAAAGAUCUGAGCUGGACUGGUUGCAGCAAUGCUCCUCAGGGCAAUAACAUCCUUUGACCAGCAGAGGGAGCCAUACACCUCUCACACAUGCACUGUGGGGA